UUAACAACAUUAUAAACAAAUCAAGAAACAUUUUUGCUCACCACAUUUUAUCAUUUUUUUUUUCAAAAUUAAUUUUCGAAGCAAAUAAAAAUGUCUUUAGUAAAUUAUGGCUAUAGUGACGAUGAUGAUGAAGAUGAUGGUAAUGAUAAGAAUGAAUCUGAUGUAAUUUCCAAAACUUUACCAAUCGAAUCGAAUGAAAAGAAAUCAACAACCGACAAUUCAAUUGCCAAUGAUGAAAUAAAGUCGAUACGUCCCUCAUCAUCAACACUUUCUUCAUCAUUAACGUUUAAACAUCUUACGAAAUCAAAUUCUCGAAUUCAAAUCAAAGCUUUUGAUGAUAAUUUAGCUUUGAUGAAUCAACAGCCAAAUGGCCUAGUUGAUUCCGAUGAUUCUGAUGAUGAUGAAGAAAAUCGUGCACGAAAACGAAUGAAACGAUCGGAAAAAGGUUCAAGUUUAAUAUCAAUGUUACCAAAACCUAAAAAUGCAAAAACAAGCCACAAUAAAUCAUCAACAAUAAAUGAACCAACAACAUCUUCUUUGUUGACAUCAUUAGUUCCUAAUUCAGUUUCGAAUCGUGCGAAAGUAUCAUCAUUAACUUCAAAAUUGAAACCAGCCAAAAAUGAAAAUAAUUCGAAUUUCUUUUUUGCCGAUCCAGACAAUGAUGAUGAUGACGACGAUGAUGAUGAGAAUGGUGAUCAUAUUAAAAUGAUUCCAAAACCUUGGAUAAUUGAAGAUAAUAAAGAUGAUGUGCUCAAUCCAGUAGUAGCAACAGCCCCAACAUUAUAUCAUCAAGCUGAAGAAGAAGAAGAAGAAACAGCACCAAUUUAUGGCCCAUCCAAACCAAUCGAACAAGAAGAAGAAGAAGAAACUUAUAUUGAUCCAAAUGAUGAUAUAACUUAUAAAAAAUUAAUUGCAUCAAAAUUCGAUGAUAAUGUUGAUAAUAUUCGAAUUGUCGAUGUAAAUGUACAAAAACAUUUAUCCGAAAAUAAAGAUUGGUUGAAAAAUAUUUCAUUGGAAAAAGAUACUGUUGAUGAAGCAUUAGAAUCAAAAGCACCAAAUUCAACAGCUAAACGAAAAAAUCAGAUUACAUUUCUUGCUUAUCAGGCUAAAAAACGUGAAUUAGAAUUGAAAAAUCAAUGGGCACAGAAUCGUCUAUCAAAAUCACAGACAAGAGCUAAAUAUGGAUUUUAAAAUUGAUGAAAAAAAAAGAUUUGUCUUUUUUUUUAUUUUUAA